CGAAACUUUCAUUUUGCCUAUUGUUUAUUAUUUUUGUUUUAUUAAAAACAUUGAAUCUUGAUAUAAAAAAAUCAUUAUAUUAAAGUUAAAAAAAACUUGAAGCAUAAAAAUUAGGUCCAAUAAAUAACUCAUGCAAUGGAAAAACUGUGCAGGAUCUGCAGAACAUCAGAAUCUGUCGAUGAACUCAGUGAAUUUUACGAAGAUCCAAAAGUUCCUGUGGAUUUCUACUUCAUAACGGGAAUCAAGGUAAUCAGCAUCGACCCAUCCAAUCCAGCCCUCAUCUGCUCAACAUGCACCGACAACAUCAAAAUAUUCACAAAAUUCAAGCGGAAAGCACAAAAAUCUGAUGAAUUUUUCCACCUUCAGUUCCAAAAGUUUGAGAAAAAUUUCUGGCAAAAGCAAAAAUCUGAAAACUUUGGUCCGAAUCCGUUCAUCAAGCAGGAACCAGAGAUGCUGCACAGCAUAUCCUACUGGGCUGAUAUUGGGAACAUUGCACAUAAUAGCAUCAGCAAUUUAGAUUUUAUAGACGAAAGUGAGGAACAGUCUGGAUACUAUAAUGACGAAGGACAGGAUGAGGAGGAACUGAAUGACAUGGACAGAACUGAAUUUGUGGACAGCUUCACUGAAGAAAGCACAAAUUUUAUAAAAAUUGCAGGACCAAAAAGCAAAACCUUACAAAUGACCUCAAAAGACAUGAAACUAGAGUCUACAUCCCCAAAUCCAGCUCCAACAUCAUUCAGAAAAAAAUCCGUUCCUUGUAAGCUUUGCGGCAAGCAAAUCUCAUCCAGCACAUCGCUAAAACUUCACAUGAGUGUCGUUCACAACAAAGACAACAAAGUCUACAUAUGUAGUCACUGCCAAAAGAUUUUUAAGCACAUUUCCUAUGUCAAAAAGCAUGUUGAGAAUCAACACAACAUGUCGUACCUCAAAAGUCGGGAUGUAGUCAUCAAAAUUGUCAAAAACCGAGACAAAAGUCCUGUUAACUUUAAAGAGAAAACUCAAACUUUCAAUACAGAACUUUUUGGCGAUAAAGCCACAAAAAAUUGCAACAUUUGCGCACGUGAAUUUUCAUCAACCAGAAGUUGCCGUGACCAUAUGGUUAUCGCUCAUGGAGCAGGUAAAGAAGUUUAUGUCUGUAAGCUAUGCGAUAAUCGAUUCAAGCUUAAAGACUACUUAGCAAGGCACAUGAAGAACCAGCAUGGAACUGCACCAGAUGAUGACAAUCAUUCGAUCCACGAAAAUGAAGAUGUUGAGGAACAAUACGAAGAAAUAGAUAAAGACAUUGUAGACAUCGCAAGACCACAGACUAGAACUGCUGAUAAUUAUUGUGCCGAAUGUGAUAAAAACUUCUGCAGCACUCGAUCGUAUUCAGAACACAUGAAAAUAAAGCACAAGUCUGAUAAUAAAAUUUACAUUUGUAAGUUCUGCAAUGAUAAGUUUAUAGUGACAAGUUACUUGAAGAAGCAUGUCAAGAAGGUUCAUAAUCACACGCUAAAGCCACAUGAGAUAAUUGUGAAGAGAAAAAAUGAGACUGGCGGGAAGAAAAUUAAGAUUAAAAAGGAAUUGAGGAGCAGAGUGACGGAGACACAAAGUUUGUCAGAUGAGAUUGUCAAUGCUAUGCAAAGUUGAGCUGCAAAUUUGAAAAACACAAGUCAGAGGAACUCUGACAUUGUGUUGGACUCAAAUCGCGAGAGUUAUGCUAGCUUGGUGCCAGAUUUGAUUAACCGAGUUGUGCUACUCGGCCGUAUAAUUUAUAAAUAAAUAUUUGAUGAAAUUCAAGAUAUUUUUCUUAAGUAAAUGAUCAAAUUAUUUUUUUAAGGAAGUCUAAAAACCAAAGGAAGGAUCGAGGGGCUUAUCGACAAAUUGUUUUCAGGGGGAUUGAAUUAUUUUAUCUAUAGACGGGAAUUUUUAAGGCUUGGGAGUGUUGUUUUGAGAUUUUCUUGUCUUAAAAAACAAUUGAAAAUUGAAGAAAUGUAUUGACACAGUUGGAUCUCAAACUCCCCCUUUUCUGACUGCACCCAUGGAGUGGUCUUGGUUGCUUCAAAUUAUAAAGCAGCUAAGCAAAGUUGUAUUGCUGAAAAAGUCG